UUAAGAAAGCAAACAAAGCAUAUAAAGCGUGCGCACCGGGUAUCUGCAGUGAGAUAAGUGUAUCGAGCCUGUGAUCGCGGCUGAGCUCAGACAGACAGACAGGAGGAACCGCAGGCGCUCGGCCAACUUUAUUUCCUGGCUGACAGACAGUCAUGAUAUUAAACUGUGCUGUGUAGCAUUAGCCUACAGCUCUAGGAAUGCCGUCCUUUAGUUAGGGUUACAGUCUUUUCGUUUUGAUUAGACAAGUAACACCAAGCACUAUGAAUUUAUUACCAUCAAACCCCCACGGUAAUGGAUUACUGUAUGCUGGAUUUAACCAGGAUCACGGAUGUUUUGCGUGUGGGAUGGAAAAUGGAUUCAGGGUGUAUAACACAGACCCGCUCAAAGAAAAGGAAAAACAAGAGUUUCUGGAGGGAGGAGUUGGUCAUGUGGAGAUGCUUUUUCGAUGCAAUUAUCUUGCGCUCGUGGGAGGCGGGAAAAAACCAAAGUACCCUCCCAAUAAAGUGAUGAUUUGGGAUGACCUCAAGAAAAAAACUGUGAUAGAGAUAGAGUUUUCCACCGAGGUCAAAGCGGUGAAGCUUCGCCGUGACAGAAUUGUGGUGGUCCUGGAUUCCAUGAUUAAAGUCUUUACAUUUACCCAUAAUCCUCAUCAGCUGCACGUCUUUGAAACAUGCUAUAACCCCAAAGGUUUGUGUGUCUUGUGCCCAAACAGCAACAAUUCAUUGCUGGCGUUCCCAGCCACGCACUCCGGACACGUUCAGAUAGUCGAUCUGGCCAACACUGAGAAACCGCCGGUUGAUAUUCCUGCUCACGAGGGGGCGCUGUGCUGUGUGGCGCUCAACCUGCAGGGCACACGGAUCGCCACAGCGUCAGAAAAAGGGACCCUGAUCAGAAUAUUCGACACCUCAGCAGGUCAUCUCAUCCAGGAGCUGAGACGAGGGUCACAGACUGCCAAUAUAUACUGCAUCAAUUUCAACCAGGACGCGUCACUCAUCUGCGUUUCAAGCGAUCACGGCACAGUCCACAUAUUUGCUGCAGAGGAUCCCAAAAGGAACAAGCAGUCCAGCUUGGCAUCGGCCAGUUUUCUCCCCAAGUAUUUCAGCUCCAAAUGGAGUUUCUCCAAGUUCCAGGUCCCGUCCGGUUCGGCCUGCGUCUGUGCCUUCGGAACAGAACCCAACGCUGUCAUAGCCAUUUGUUCUGAUGGCAGCUACUACAAGUUUCUGUUCAACCAGAAAGGCGAGUGUUCGAGGGACGUGUACGCGCAGUUCCUGGAAAUGACCGACGAGAAGAUCUGAGAGCAGACACUACUUCACUUUACCAGACUGCUUCUUUCUUGACAUCUCAAAGUUUCCAGGAUGUCAAAAGACUUUAGGGGCAUUCGGAGGCGACCAUGACACAGACGUGGAGGAGAGACACAAAGAAACUCUAAAUUCUCUCUCGACUCAAACCACAAAAGACGAGAGAUGACUGAAAAACUGUGAGCGCAGAAUUCGCUUUCUGUGGAGUGACGAGGGAAACCUUAUUUUUUGAAAGGACAACAUUUUUUAAAUGGUCUUCCAUGGGAUUUUUUAAGCGUUGAUGUCCUUGGCUAGGUAGCGAGAGUGAUUCUCUUUGUCCACUAACCUGAUCUAAUGUAAUUCAGGCGAGAGGUGGGUGUACAUGUACAUCAUUCACACUAUGUAUUUGCAGACUAUUUGUUAGUGUUAGAUAUUGUUUUUCUUGCUGUAAGAACACCAGAUGAAAAUUACGUAACUACAUAUUAUAUAGACUAGUACAACAAAAGAGACAUUUUAUGGUGUAAAUGUGUGCUUCUCAUUUCAUGUAAUGCAGUAUUUUUCUUUGGCAAGGAUUUGUUGGCUUUAAGGAAAACAAUAUUAUAUCAGUGUAAAAGUUUUACUUCAGUGACUGUGCUAUCACACGAUAGACGUGAAACACAAGCACAACAUAUGAUCAUAUUUAGUCCACAUUUACACUCUCAAUUGUUUAAAAUAAAAUGAUCAGCUCUAAAAACCUCUUUUCUUCACAAACUAAUCAAGAAUAACUACAUUGCUACUUUAAAAAAGGUUAAUGUAAGCAGUAGUUUGGAUGUAGAUUGUAAACUCUUGAAACAUGGCUGCAGAUUGUAGUGUCGCAGUAGCCGUUCUCUUUUAAAGACUCACGCACUCGAACCAGACGUGCCAGUCUUAUCACCUGAAGAACGUAGUGUUUUUAAGUUAGUUUUUGUCUUCAUUCUUAUAACUGUUCUUUGAAAUGUAUCUAUAAGCUAUUUUGUUACUCGUUUGAUGCUUUUGUCAUUGAUAACAUGCAAAUGAUAUGCAUAAUUUCAUGAAGAUGAUGCCCACAGAAUUCAGUAUCGUAUGACAAAUUAAAGACGAUUGUAAAAAUUAAGAA